CCCCUGUUUAUAUCAAAGCAGAAGGAGCCUGCCUGCUGUAGUGAGCAGGAGACCCUCGAUGUAAAGCCUUCGGUGGAAGACGACGCAGUUGACUAGUGUCGCGUCUGACUUAUUUACUCGCUUAGCACUGAUAACAUCGGGGAAAACAACAACAAUAAUAUCCUGCGAAAAAUAAGAGUUGCAGCACUUUAUCAUAAUGAAGCUUAUGAUUCUUGUUUUUCUUGCGGUUUCUUUCCUCGGAGAUAUCUCAUCUGUGCCUAUCGAGAAAGAAAGAAAGAAGGAGGAUUUGGUCACUCGUUGCAUUGCCGAAGUAAUUUCCAACGCACUUUCAAAACCAAACGCUGCUCCUGUCGAUCCAGAAUGCAAAGAAAUUAUUAAAACGGGUUCAAAACAUGAAAUAGCAGAAAAGAAAAGCAAUGAAGAGGUUGUUCAUUUUGAUGGGUUCCAUAGUCCAGAGCCUGAAGAGCACUUGCAAACACACCAAGAAGAAAUCAAAGAAGUAGAACCUGAGGAAAAAAGGAGCCUCCAUGAGGAAAACCACAAGGAAAAGAACUAUGUAACAGGAGACAAAAGAAGUGAGGAAAUAGUCAGGAGACAGGAGGAAAACAAGCAUCACAAUUUCGAGGACAAAAGGCACAUUUCAGAGAGUGGAGAAGAAAAUGAUGAUGAAUUUUCCAAACGCAGCCACCACAGUUGGCUAGCAGACAAAAAGCACAGAAGUGAGGAGGAUUCUCAAGGAUUGAGUGAGGAAGACAGUAAAAGCUCUCACUACAUGCCGAGUCAAAGGAGUGAUGAGGAAUAUGAGGAUGAAAGUGCCCAUGAGGCCCACCACCUGAAAAGAUCAGAGGAGACAGAAGACAGUGAAGAGAGGGAAAAGCGCCGAUAUGGAGGCCACAAGCAUUACCACAGAAAGCACAAAAAGAACAGUGAUUCCUCCAGUGAAAGAACAAGUGAAGAGUUAGAGGAUGAGGAGUUUCACUCAGAGGAGAAAAGGCAUUAUACAGGGGACGAACACAAGCAUUACGAAGAGGAGAAGAGGGAUUUAAGGGGUGAUGAACACUGGGAAGACCGAAGACAUGACUAUGCAGAAAGUACACAACAUGUGACAGAGAAAAGGCAUCACUGGGGAGACAAUGAAGAGAAGAAGCACAACAGUGAGGAGAAGAGGCAGUCCUUAGAAGAAAGUGAGGAGCAGGAGGAGAAACGCCAUCAUGGGGCAAAGAGACACCACUCAGAGGAGGUUAAAAGAUAUCAUAUUGAAGAUAAGAGACCCAUGUGGGAUGAUAGUGAAGAAGAGGUAGAUAAACACCACCAUGAAGAAAAGAGACACCAUUACAAAGAUAGCCAAGAGAGCAAAAGAUACCAUAGCUUUGACAGAAAGCACAGUGGGGAGCAGGAGGAAGAUAAACAUCACUCUAAAUAUAAGAGAUACCAUUCAGAAGAAGUGGGAGUAGAGGAAGAGGAAGAGGAAGAGAAGAGACACCACAGCACUGAGAAAAGACACUUUUUGGAGGAACCAGAAAGAAAUAAGAAAUACUUGGAAGAAAAAAGACACAGUAUAGAAGAGAGUGAGGAAAAUGAAAAAAUACACCAUGGAAACAAGAGAGGAUACUUCAAAGACAGCAGAGAAGAUAAAAAGCACCAUGGGAAAAGACAGUCGUCUGAAGAAAGUGAAGAAGAAACACAUCACAGACAAGCCAACAACCCCUAUGCAGAGGAACGAGACAAGGAGGAGAAAAGACAUCUCAAAGAAAAGCCUUUUUUAGACACUGAGGAAAAAUGGCAUAGUGCAGAAGCAAAGAAAAAUGCUGAAGAUUUUGAAGAUGAGGAAAAACGUUACCUUUCAGAAGAAAGUGAAGAGGAAGAGGAACCACAAGGUAGAGAAGAAAAGAGGCACCAUUAUGAGGACAGCAAAGAAGAAGAAUUUAAAAGGCACAAUCUUGAAGAGGAUAAGGAGCUGAAAGAGUGGCGUCAACCAUCUGAAAAGAGACAUUACAUGGAAGAGACAGAGAAAAGGCAUCACAGUGAGUAUAAAAGACCCCAAAGUGAAGAUGAGGAAGAAGACAAAAAAGAACAAACUUUAAGAUUUCUUGAGGAGCAGAAACGAAACCAAGAAGAGCAACAGCUUGUGAGCGAGGAAGAAGACAGGUUUGAGAAAAGGUCUCCUUGGGAGUACCGUGGAUACUAUCACCCAGCAUGGUGGAAGAGAAGUUAUGAGAAAAGAAAUGGCCUGAGAGAGGACAGCCUUGAAAAUGAAGAAGAAAAACGACAUCUGGUAGAGAGGCGUCAGUACCCAGGAACUGAAGAAGAUUGGUGGGACAAGAGGCAAGCAGACAUGGACUAUGGACAUCAGGUUUAUGAGGAGAAAAUGAAUUAUGCCUUUCCUCAUCACUUCAAGGAGAAAAGGCCCUAUCCAAGUCAUAGGAUGGAUGAACUAGCCAAGUUACUGAACUACAAAAAAGCAGGAGAACUUCCUGAGCUUUCUGAGGCUGAGGAAAAGAAGAGAAGCCUUCAUCAAAGACCUCUCACCCCAGAAGAGGAGAAGGAGCUUGAGAACUUGGCAGCAAUGGAUCUGGAGCUGCAGAAAAUUGCAGAGAAGCUGCAUGAAAACCGAAGAGGCUAAGAUGAGAAAGCAGAAGAGAGCUCCUGUCAACCUGUGUACUGCUGAACAUGAACUAGUGCUGGUUAAAAAUUACUUAUUAACCUGCAGUGUUAUUGUAAUUUCCACUUAAGUGAAGAAAUGUUGCUUAAUUCAAAGAAGCCUUUAUAAUCCACUUCAAUAGUGAUUCAAAUACACUGUUGGAGCUAUUUGUAUUGUGCGGUUUUUAUGUUAUUUCAAGAUAACUGGCAUGGGAAUUGUUUAGAACAAAAUAGAUACAUUUGACCAAACUGUGUACUAUAUAUAUAUUAUCAUUGUUCUGAAAUGACAUUACUGUUUCUGUUCUUGAGGUAUGUUUUUUUUGCAUACAAUAAAAUCCAACUUUCUGGGACCAAAUGAA